UUGAAAGGGAAGCAGCAAUCGGAAACUAAACAAUGGACUCCGUUUGCCCAAUCGACAAGAAGUGCGCCAACGAAAUCUCUGCUCUUCUUCAACCUCCUCCAUCUCUUCAAGUCCAGGAGUAUUUUGAUGAGCUUGUAUCCGCCAGACAAUGCCAUGGUGUUAGAGUUAAAGAGAAUACAGAGUCCGGAAAGGGGGUGUAUGCUGAGAUGGACUUUGAAGAACGGGAACUUGUCCUGAAAGACCAAAUGCUUGUUGGUAUCCAACAUCCUUCAACAAAAAUUGACUGUUUUGUCUGUAGCUAUUGUUUUCAAUUUAUCGGUUCAAUAAAACUACAAAUUGGGCGGAAGCUUUAUUUGCAAAACAUAGGUGUUUCCACAAAUCAUGAAUGUGAUACAAAAACCUCUUCUUCACGCAAUGUGAAAGAUUGUCUUAGUAGUGGUUCAGUUGACGAAGAAGACAAUUCAUACAUGAAAUACAGUGAAAAGAUGAAAAAAUGUGCCGUUGGACAAUUUAGCCAUUCCAAAGGAGUGGCUGAAUUGUUAAUGAAUGGAGAUUUGGUGUUGCCAUACUCGGACAAGUUUUCUCUGCCUUCAGUUAUUCAGUGUUCCGGGGGAUGUGGAGAGGCUUACUACUGUAGCAAAUCAUGUGCUGACUUGGAUUGGGGAUCAUCUCAUUCUUUUCUUUGCACCGGACAAAGGUCACAAUCGCUAUCAACAGAUGCACUUUUGAAAUUCAUAGAACAUGCUAAAGAAACAAAUGAUAUCUUCCUUCUUGCUGCUAAGGCAAUUUCUUUUACCAUUUUAAGAUACAGAAAACUAAAAGCGGAUCAUCUGAAGGAACAAGGGAAGGGCAAUAUACAGUAUUUUUUGGAAAGUCCCAAUCUGUCUUUACUUUUAGAGGCAUGGAAGCCAAUUUCAGUUGGAUACAAGAGAAGGUGGUGGGACUGCAUUGCGUUGCCAGAUGAUGUUGAACCUUCUGAUGAAGUUGCAUUUAGGAUGGAAAUAAGGGAGCUUGCAUUCAAGUCACUGCAGCUCCUUAAGGAAGCUAUUUUUGACAAGGGAUGUGAGCCAUUAUUUUCCCUUGAAAUAUAUGGGCAUAUUAUUGGCAUGUUUGAGCUGAAUAAUCUAGAUUUGGUUGUUGCAUCACCUGUGGAGGAUUACUUUUUGUAUAUUGAUGACCUUCAAACCAGUAAGAAGAAAGAAGCCGAGGCAAUCACACGACAACUUCUGGAUGCUCUUGGUGAUGACUAUUCAGUUUGUUGCCAAGGCACUGCAUUCUUUCCUCUGCAGAGUUGCAUGAACCAUUCGUGCUGCCCUAAUGCCAAAGCAUUCAAAAGAGAGGAGGACAGAGAUGGUCAAGCAACAAUCAUUGCUAUGAGAAUGAUUUGCAAGGGAGAAGAGAUCACCAUUUCAUAUAUAGACGAGGACCUGACAUUUGAAGAGAGGCAAGCAUCCCUUGCAGACUAUGGUUUCAAGUGCGUAUGUGCCAAGUGCUUGGAAGAGAGCCGGAAUUAACGUUUAAGAUAGAUUAACUGAUUAAGUUCUACCUGGAACAAGAGGGAAGGAGUAAAAAGGGACUCAAGUUUCACCAAGAUGGUUGAGUUUUUCCUUUGUCUACUGGAUAUUUGUUAGGGUAGAGUUUCAUAUGUUGUCAUGCUCAGAAUCAAGUCAACAUUUUAGCGCUUGUCUGGUUUUGAAAUUUUAAUCCUCUCGAUUUGCUUAUGUAGUUAUUCUACUACA